AUGCCAAACGACGACAUCCUUACAGACGACUAUGUCGCCGGUCUUCUGGCCAAAGAGGCCAGCGACUGCUCGAUAAAGUACUCUGCAAUGGGAAUGGAAGCUUUCAACGCAAAUACCAAGCCGUCCAACGUACCGAAGCCGAAUACGAGGUUUCUGAGAAACAUCAUCAGGGAUACGGACUCGCACAACAAGGCGCUGCUGGCCAAGGAGGCCGCCGAGUCCAAGGCGAGGCUCAGGGAUUUGGAGCGCGCCGAGGAAGCCAAGCGACGGAGAACGAACCCAACGGCCGGAGAUGUACGGAGACGGCAGCUGGGGAAUAUUCAGUCAAUUCUGGGCGGACCAAAGCACAAACGAGAUGACAACGCGAGGUCGGCCGACGACGAAAAAUCGAGGAGCAAGAGCGACAGCGACCGCCAUUCGCGCCGGGCGUCGCGUCGAGAUAGGGAUGCGGGCACUGAUCGUCACAAGUCGAGGAAAGAUUACGGUCGAUUGUCGCGAAGCCCUGAGGGAGACGAGCGAAGGAGUCACCGCGAAGAUCAGCCACGGAGCUCACGGAGGAAACAUCGCGAUGGCUCCUCUGAGGAUAGACAUCGACAUGGCCGCGACCGCGAUCGCCACCGAGAUCGGUCUAGGUCGCCUCGCCGUCGACGUCGUUCUCGUUCACCUCAAACCAAGAGGAGCAAACAUCGCAGUCGCUCUCCUUUGGCUGCGGAGAAGCCAGCUUCGAGAAAUUCGCAUCUCAAAAACGACGACGAUGAGUCAGACCCCCUAGACGAAUUUAUCGGGCCUGCUCCGCCUCCAAAGUACCGCGGCCGGGGGACAGUUGCCGGCACGGCGAGCUUAGAUCGGCGAUUUUCUGAUUCGUACGAUCCCAGCACAGAUGUCCUCCCCGAUAAAGAGGAGAACAACUGGGACGACGCAGUGGAGGCGUUUAGGGAUCGCCAGAAGCUGCGUCAAGUGCAGGACGAGCGGAUGAAGGCCGCCGGGUUCGCAGACCACCAGAUUCAGCGGAUCAACAACACUCAACGAGAAAAAACCGAGGAGAACGUGGUAUGGUCCAAGGCUGGCGAGGAGAGGGCAUGGGAUCGUGGGAAGAGGGAGGAUAGCGAUGGUGAUAUCGUCUUGCACGGCAUCCUAUCGGAGGAGUCGUGA